CUGCUCUCGGGGGUGGAGAGAAGCGACACUGCGGUGUUUGCUAGUCGGAUCAAAAUGGCUGCAAGACCACUGACGCCGAGAGCUCACUGAACGCCUACCAUGACUGUGCUCUCCGCCGUCUGGACCCACACAAAAUGUAUUUUACCGGACUCGCUUCUCACUUUGCAUUUUUUGCGGUAGCCGGUGCGUCCCAAGCCGUCCCGCUGGCGAGCUAAACCUUUCUUUUUUUAGCACUUUAAACCUAGUUAGCCGGCUGGCUUUCGGACGGCCGUUUGCUAACACGGACAAAAAACUGCGCCAUAAUUUUUUUGUUGUUGUUUAAACUCUACCAGCUGACGUUGGCUCCGACAAUUUAUCCGGCUUUCAACGGCCGUUUUUAUCCGCAUCGUUUAUUUUUGUUGUGGUUGCUGGCUGCGCUUCGCCCCCCUCCCCGCCCCUUUCCUGUAUCGCAUAUGACGUUUUAGCAUUUAUUAUUUUGGACAAGUGCUUUUUUUUGUUUACAUGUCCCCCCCGCCCCCCAGCUAUACAUUAUAAUAUUGUGUUUUUGGUAUAAGUGACUGAAGAGGGGUCGUAGUUUACCUCGCCAUCCGGUCACCAAGCUGCUACGGCGGUCGUCGACAAAGCUGCCGGGUCUUGACUGAAUCUCUGUCGUCGCUUUACGGGUAACUUUGCAGAGGACACCGGGAGGAUGAUUUCAAGCUGCCAAAGCCGUGGUUAAUGCAAGCUGAUAGAGGCCAGCAACACAAGAAAGACAACCAUUUGAUGGAAGAAAAGAGAAAGAAAAAGCAAGAAGAAAAGAUCAAAAAGGACAACGCUCAAAAAAAGGCUACAGAACAGAAACCCAAAGUGCCAGAGCCUGCUCCCACUUACCCCAGUCCCGGCACAUCCAACCACCACCCCCCUGCCAGUCCUAAGCUACCCCUCUCCUCUUCAUUUUAUUCUGGCAAUGACCAGCGCAACUCCUCCAGUAGCCAGCCACAGAGUACGACUUCCUCUCAGCUGCAGUGCCAGUUGUCAUCUCACGGUGCUCGCUACCCGCCAAGAGAGGUGCCCCCACGCUUCCGUCAACAGGAGAACAAGCAGCUACUGAAGAGAGGCCAGCCAUUACCAGCAGGAGCCUUCAGUGCUCUCACACAGUCCUCCUCGUCGUCUUUGUCACCUUCAUUACCUUAUUCUUCACCUUCGACAAGCACCAGCAUCACUACCCCAAACUCCACAGAGGUCCCUGCAGGCAAACAGCAGCCAGACAUAUCCCUGCCGAGUGGCAAUUGCUUUUUGGGAGCAUCCUUGCAAGCUGACAGCGUUUCCCGUGCCAACAAAGAGAUUGAGAGAAGUGACACUAAAGCUUGGCCCUCCAUUAGCCACAGCAGUGACCCCAGCCGUCCUACAGCACCAGAAUGCCCCUUGCGCUCAGUUAGUUUCAGCACAGACGUGAGCGCUGUCACUCCCACCAGUAGUACUUUUCUGAGUAUGGCCACAGGUGCCACAGGCCAACCGGCCAACUACCCAACUCUUAAAUCUAACAAUAACAUGAUGACAGGACCUGGGUCAGCCAACACGUUAUCUAGUAACAAAGGUUGGGGUUCAGAUACCAAACAAGAUGGAAUUAAUGGAGGGCGAGUAGGAACGCCUAAUCACUGGGGCUCACCCGGUUUUAAUUUAAAUCUAAAUCCCAAUGCCAACCCAUCAGCCUGGCCAGUUCUUGGUCAUGAGGGGGGUGGUGUUAUUGGCCCUAAUGGGGUGUCCACCUCAUCUCACCCAGCAGGCAAUGGGAAUGGAAAUCUUGGGAAAGGGGGUGUUGGAGGUGCAAAUGCUUGUGGUGGAGGUUGGGUUAGCAUGGUUGGUGCUAAUGAAAAUGAACAACAGCGGUCCUCAACCAACACAAGCUUGUCUUUCAAUAUGGAAACUAACCGGAACACGGAUGGACCAAACCACAACAAGCAACAAGCUCAGGAGCCUAUGAGCCCUAUCCAUGGCUUAACUGGCUGGGGAGGCCAGUCACCUACUGAAUCAUCUCAACUUAAUGGAGACACAACAGGCAGCUCUGUUUGGGGUAGUCCAGAAACCAAGGCAGUUGACUCCCCAAAGGACUCCGCCUGGGAGGGAGCACCCUCUGCAGAUCUCUCUUCCUGGGGCCGCCAAGGUAGUGGUGGGGGGAGUAAUGGAAGCGGUGGCUGGGGAGACUGGGGAAAAUCCUCCGGAGGUGGAGAUGGAUCGAAGGCCUGGGACUCUCUUGAUGCCGGCAGUUCGGGUUCGGGUCAAGAGCAACAGCUUGGCUCAUGGGGUAAGCAACCUGGAACUGCCCCAGAAAGCGAGGGGAGUGGGGACAGCAGAAAUGGCCUAUCUCACAACAGAGAGAGGUCGUCGAGCAUGGAUUGUACCCCUCUGUUACCACGACAGGACUUGGACCCAAGAGUACUAAGUAACAUGGGCUGGGGGCAGACUCCCAUUCGACAGCACACAGUAUGGGAGAUGGAGGAGGCAAAUUCUGAUGAUGGGAAAAGCAGCAGCGGCAGCUCAGACACAUUUGAAGGUUCCAGCUCUAGCAGUGGUCCUUCUUCCGCAGAUAGCAGUACCGUCAACCCCAAUACUGCUGCUAAUCAAAGGCAUGAAUCCGAAGGAAAACGUGACAGCGAUGGAUCUUUAGGUUGGGGAGGCCUUCCACCUCAGCAGGUCAAGACUGGAUCUGGAUGGGGUGAUCACCCACAGUCACUGAACGAAGCAGCUAAUGGCACCACCAGUGGCUGGGGAGACUCAAUGCCAACCAAUGGACCUAAAAAUGUGGGCAUGACAACUUGGGGCUCUCAGGACAAGUCCCCUACUUGGGACAGUGACGUGACUAAAAGUCAGUCCAAUAAUUGGGGGGAGUGCCCACGUAGUAGCUCCCACGGUUGGGGCACUAGUAAUGGGGGCUCCAACAGCUCGAGGGAUUGGGGUGAACCAGAAAUCAAGAACAAUGGGUCCCCCAACAGCAUGUGGGAAGGUGAAGGAGGAAAUGGAGGUAAUAGUGGUUGGAAAGAAAAUGCUAGAGGAGGAAACCGAGGAGGUAUUAAGCUAACUUCCUCUGUGAGCAACAGCACUUGGGGAGAGACCUCACGUGCCAAUGGCCCAGUGCAGGGUACCUGGGGCUCGUCUAAGCCCAAUGAAAGCAGCAGCAGUAGCAGCACUGGUAGUGGAGGAGGAGGUAGCAUUGGUUCUUGGGGAGGUCCUGGGUCUGUGAAACAGAACACCUCCAACUGGAGCAAUGUCAACAAACAGGACCAGUGCUUGGAGUCCACUGGUUGGGAAGAGCCCUCACCACCCUCCGUCCGCAGAAAGAUGGAGAUUGAUGAUGGAACAUCUACCUGGGGUGAUCCUAACGCAUACAACAAGACUGUCAACAUGUGGGAUCGCAAUAAUCCUAAUGGUAACCAAGGCAACAAUGGCCCGCCCUCCAUUAAGAAUGGUGGUAUGAUCCCACCCAACAAUACCAACAACAAUCAUUCUGUCAGCCCUGGAAACAACAAUCACCAUGGUCAUCUGAUGCACCACCAUUCUCACCAUGGCAACGCACCAAGCCAUUUGCAACACCACGGAAACAACUAUGGCUCACCCAACAAUUGUGCCCCGCACCAGGGUGCAGGCCCCCACAGUAGACCUCCUAUUGCUAACCCAGGCUGGGGAGAGCUUCCCAACGUACAACCCAAGUCAGAGCCUGCUUGGGGAGAGCCUGCCGCUCCGACAUCAGCUGUGGACAAUGGCACCUCCGCCUGGGGUAAACCUCCAAGGGGAGCUGGAGGAUGGGGAGGAGAUGGUGGACAUGAGCCCUCCGGGCCUUAUGGCAGGGCCAACGGACCCUCUUGCAAGUCUGGUCCAAAACCUAUGCAAGACAGCUGGGGAAGCGGAGGCGAGGAAAUGGGCAUCACUACAAACCAGUGGGACACUGAGGACGGGGACAUGUGGAACGGCCCCACCAUGCAAGAGAGCAGUUCUUCUUGCAAUUCUUGGGGCAAUGGACCCAAGAAGGGCCCGAGCAAGGUGAAGAUGGGUAACAAGCCGGAUGAGACAUGGAUCAUGAACCGUCUUAUCAAGCAGCUCACUGACAUGGGCUUUCCAAGAGACCCUGCUGAGGAGGCUUUGAAGAGCAACAACAUGAAUCUUGACCAGGCCAUGAGUGCUCUGCUAGAGAAGAAAACUGACCUGGACAAGCGUAGUGUAGGCAUGUGUGAUUACAGCAACAGCCUGAACAAGCCUCUGGUGUGUCGACCAUCUGUGCUCACUAAAGAUCACUCUGACCGCAACGCCUUUCUUGACAAGGAUGGUGUUCUGUCCGAUGAUGCCCCCCCAUCACCGUUUCUGCCUUCCCCCAGCCUGAAGCUCCCCUUGGCCAGCAAUAGCCUUACUGGGCAGGGUCUGGGACCGGGCCACUCUGGGCUGGGGAUGCAAAACUUGACCAAUAGACAGAUACCCAGUGGAAUGUUUGGCAGCAGUGGGGCAGCACAAAGUCGGGCCAUGCAGCAGCCUCCUCAGCUACCAGUGCCACCUCUCAGCUCCUCCCAGCCUAGUUUACGUGCUCAAGUGCCUCCGUUUCUCUCCCCUCAGGUCCAAGCACAGCUCUUGCAAUUUGCAGCAAAAAACAUUGGUCUGAACCCUGCACUUUUAACCUCACCAAUAAACCCUCAACAAAUGACCCUGUUGUAUCAACUUCAGCAACUGCAAAUGGCAUACCAGCGUUUACAAAUCCAGCAGCAGAUGAUGCAGGCUCAACGCAACGUUUCCGGCCCCAUUCGACAACAAGAGCAGCAAGUCGCACGCACAAUCACCAACAUGCAGCAGCAGAUCCAGCAGCACCAGCGCCAGCUCUACCAGGCGCUGCUGAUGAAGCAGCAGCAGCUUCCCUCCCAUUCCACCUCCUUUUCUUCCUCUUCCGCCGGUCUGCACGGCCCCACUGGAGGCUCCGCAUCCGGCAAAUCAAACCUGGAUCCUUUCACAGGCCCACAUCAGACCUCGGGCCUGGCCGAAACACUGCACACCAAAGAGUCGCUGUCCUCACCCAAUGCCUACAGCACCUACUCUCUUUCUGGACUCAAUCCAAACAUGAAUGUAAACUGCAUCGAGGUCGGAGGUCUGUCACUAAAAGAACCCCCACAGCCCCAAUCCCGCUUGUCCCAGUGGACACACUCCAAUGCCAUGGACAACCUCAGUGGCAACACCUCAAACUUGGAGAACAACCUCAACAAACACGGUGCCAUAUCUGCUGCCUCAACUCUAGGGCCCCCUGGGAAACCUCCCCAGUUGGAGGACUCCUACAGUCCAUACAGUCUGAUGUCCAAUUCAGAGUCGCCUGCCAGCCCUUUGGUGCCCCCUGACAGCUGGGGCCAGGGAAAAAACCCUAAUGAAAAGAUCACCAACGGGACCAACAUUAACUGGCCCCCAGAAUUUUGCCCAGGUGUGCCAUGGAAGGGCCUCCAGAACAUUGACCCGGAGAACGACCCUAACAUGACGCCCGGCAGCGUCCCCAGCGGUCCCACGAUCAACACCAACAUCCAUGAUGUCAACAGAUACCUGCUGCGUGACAGAAAUGGAGGUAAACUGUCGGAUGUGAAAUCCACCUGGUCCUCGGGACCCAUCUCCCAGAACCAAGGCUCUCUGACCCACGAGCUGUGGAAAGUCCCUCAAGGCCCACGUGGCUCCACAGCCCCAUCUCGCCCUCCGCCAGGCCUCACCAACACCAAGCCGCCAACUUCCACCUGGGGGGGGAACUCACUGGGGCUCUCACAAGGCUGGAGUGGCUCCUACUCCUCUGCAGAGGGAACUACCUGGAGUACAGACAGCUCCAACAGGACCAGCAGCUGGCUGGUGCUCAGGAAUCUCACACCUCAAAUCGACGGCUCCACUCUGCGGACUCUGUGCAUGCAGCACGGCCCCUUGAUCACAUUCCACCUCAACCUGACCCAAGGGAACGCCGUGGUGCGCUACAGCUCCAAGGACGAGGCCGCCAAAGCCCAGAAGUCUCUGCACAUGUGUGUGCUGGGUAACACCACCAUCUUGGCGGAGUUUGCCGGCGAGGAGGAGGUGAACCGCUUCUUUGCACAAGGCCAGUCGCUGUCCUCCAACACCACCACCAGCUGGCACGCCAACCCGGGACCCAAUCAGAAUCGAAUGGGCGGGGCAGCGCUGUCCCACUCCAUGGGCCAGUGGAGCAGCGGCGCAGGCAAGUCCAGCGGCGGCGACCUGCUUUGGGGAGGCGUGCCCCAGUACUCCAGCCUGUGGGGGCCUCCCAGCGGAGACGACGCCCGGGUGAUGGGGAGCCCCACCCAGAUUAACACCCUGCUGCCUGGAGACCUGCUGAGUGGGGAGUCCAUGUAGGAGGAUGCCACACCACGUCCAUGGAGGAAGGCGGAGGGGCUUGUACAGGAGCAAAAUCCAAGCAAAUCAUGUGGCGAUAAUCAGCACCAUUUUGGAACUUUCUGGAACUGUGAAAUGUGAAGCAGAAAUCUGAGGUUUUCUCCCACACAGACUUAAGACCUCAGUCUUUUAUUUUUGCAACAAACUGACGCAUAAAACAAAAAACUUUUUUAUUUUUAUUUUAGAAGAAGCAAUCAAAGCUGCCAUCUACCUUUUUCCUCCAAGAAGAAUGAAAUCAUCCCAAACAAAAGCAAGCAUUCCCAGCAUGCACUGCGGCCAAUGAGGUGGUGGGAGGACCGCUCCUCGUUACCUUGUUUCUCAGCACUACAAUUAGCCUUAAGUGCUCUCUGGCCCAGGUUCUUCUUCCCAAGCCGCCUUUUUCUUUAGUGGACUCAUGAAGUACGUGAUGUAGUCUUGCACACUUUCACCUUCUUUGACCGCAGCGUUUGUCUUCUCUGCAACGCUGCUGGCUGCUCGGGGUUCUGAUGUCUGUCCCAAAAUGUAAGCUAUGUGCAUAUUAAUCACGGACAAGACCACCCGGCUAAUGGGGGUCACCUCCAGUUCUCACUGGUGCUUUUUCUCUUCAGUCUGACUCGGUGGGCAGGGAGGAAAAACACGACCCCACCUUUGACAGUUUACAUUGUGCAAUAUCCACCCGACAACUUUUGCUUUUCUUCUUCUCGUCGUGUAUUCCAUUGUUGUUUGGAACUUGAAAGACCUUCCUUGGAUUCCCUCCAGAGCGCCGGUCCCCCAAGUUUUAAAAGGCAGCGGGGACUGAACCCUGCAACAGAGGAAAAUGUCCUCUUUGCGUGCCGUACCCAACAAAAACUGGAUCCACAGGCCUCUGGGUAUCUGGCACACUACCAAAUAAAAGGACGGCGGUGCUCCUAAUGCAGUAAACUUACGAGUGUUCUGGAUCAACAGAGGAAAGACACUUUUUUUUUUUUUUUCAUUUUGUUGGAAAUCAUAGCACUUAUGAGGAGCUGCAGGCUCCAAUCCAAGAAAUCAAGACAGCUCUUUUUGGACGAUUGAUAUCACUGUUACUCCAAAUGUUUCUAAGCCUUGCGCUCUUCGGAGACCUGAAGCGUCUCCAGAGGCGGGGAAGUGAGAAGGGGGCGGGGGCGGCGGCGUUUGGAAGCCAGCGAGUGCCUCUGUACUGUGUUCCCCCCCUUAAGCCCCCUUGUCGAGUGUGCGGCGGCCAUCACUACAGCAGCAUCAGCCGCACUUCCUCUUAACAGGCUCAAUCUGGCAAUAACCACCUGCCUGCCUCUGAUGUGGCCCACGCCCACCGACUCUUAAAAAUUUUUUAAAAAUAAAUAAAAAAUAAACACACAAAAAUCACUUUAGCUGGAAGAUUUAAUAGUCAUAUUUCUGGAUUUUUUGUUGUGGCGUUGAGACGCCGAAGUAGCCCUUCACUGUUCUUAUACAGAAAACACUCGAAUGGGAUCAAUACUAUAGACUUUGAUUGUGUUGGACAGUAUUCUGUACUACUUCCAGUCCAGGUUGUUUCUUGUUCAACUCUUGUUUUGGUCCAAGCUGCUCUCAUCGCCUAGCUGCUACACUGUCAUCACCCCCCCCCCCCCCCCCCCGCCCCCCCUCCUCCAGUGGGCCCUUGUACCAGUUUCUAUGCAAAAGACAAGAGGCCCUUCUACAAGCAGUCCCCUGCCCGAACCCACCCACCCCUACUGCGCACUUCACGAUGGCUGCCAUUUCUCCAAAACACUGUCGCCAUCUUUAGUCGGAACACGUUAUCAACAACACCCGCCGUGUCCGAGCAUGAUCUCAGGGUAGGGGGGGAGCGGACACCACCGCAACGACGCAGCUCUGAAACUCUGGCACACCUCGGCCUCCCAACACGUGGUGUGAAAAGAAGCCAACAAAGUGUGCCAACUUGACUGAAAGCACCCUAAGGGCGGGGCUGGGGGAUCAAUGUGUUGACGGGCAGCAGCAUCACAUCCUGGAAUGACUGACAUUUCUCUUUUAUGUUUUUGUGGGACAAACCUAACCUCGCAUUGGACGGUUCCAGUUUGCUACAGUGCACAGUUGAUGGGUAAUCCCGGGUACAUAUUUUUUUAAAACCAAAAAAAACUGCAAAAAAAAAAUAUCACACAUUUUAACAUCGUUUUUAUGAAGUUUGACAGAAAAAAAAAUCUUAAAAAACAAAACAAAAAGGUUGUAUAUGUUAAAGCUCUGCACUUCUAGCUGGAGGGUCGAGUCUCUCGUAACCCCAGGAAGAAGUAGACCAGCGACCCGGCUGCCUUUUAUUUGAAUCGUUUUUAUGUUGACGUCCUGCUCAAAGCCGGCCCACUGAUAUGAACUGUACAUUUCCACACAGCCAAAAAAAAAAAAAAAAAGGCUCCUGCGGGCCCAAACUGUAUCAGGCUCGCUCACACGGCGACGAGUUGGAGAGGUACAAAGUCUUAAAAAGGAAGAAAAAAAAAAAGGCUACCUUUUUCAGGACGUGACGUCCUGCAGCACACAAGCAAAAAUCACUAUUGCCUGUUUCUGUAACUGCCUUGAUGAUCCAAGCUCAGACAGACCCAAUAGCUGAGGAGUGGAAAACAUGCUGCACCAGCACUGAGAGGCUCUCUUCUACAUAGCAGUAUCUUGCAACAGCAACACGCCUCCGAUUGUAGCCUCUCAAAUGUUACCUUUGUGAUUGCCUCACCUGAAGAUGAGCAAUAUGUUUGCUUUUUUUUCCUCUUUGUUUUCGUCCCCCCGCAAAUAUGCGAAGAAACCAAUUUGGUUGUAAACGGAUACUUGAUCGUACAAAAGUUGGAGGUUGAAAUUCUGCACAUUUUGCUUUUUAUGGACAAGAUGCAGUGCAUCGAAGCAAGUGUACUCUAUUGUGUAUUUCUUUAAAGUAAAAAAAAAAAAAAAUGCCAGACAUGAUUAUUCCCCUCAGCUUAGAGCGUUUCCCAAAAUAACAUGACUUACAGAAAAGAAAUAUUAAACACAAAUACUUGAAUCAAUGAAAUACAAAGGAAAAAGGGCCACACUCGAAAGAAAAAAUAAUCAACUUUGAAGAGGGAAAUAAAGUCACAAAAUGUCUUGAUUUAACUUGGAAAAUUAACCUUACAAUAACUUUUUUUCCCCCAGGGACAAAUGUUGAUCAUUUAAAAAAAAAAAAAAAUUCACAUUUGUCAAAAAAAAAGUUUUAAUAUUACGCGAGGAAAAACAAGUCGAUAUUUGACCAAGCAAAUGUCAUUUUUGUAGUAAAAUGUGAAGUUUUUAAAAACAAGCUACUCUGAGGGGAAAAAUAUUUUACAAUCAAGUUGUAUUUUUGCUCACAUUAUUUUCCGAAAAAUUGUGAAAACAAUUCAGCGUGUAGAAUUAACAUUCUAAACGUAAACUUUAUUCUACGUACAUACUUCCACAAUGUAAAAAAUGUAAACUGUAAACAAGGUAAAAAAUGGAAAUUUAUACGACGUACAAACAUAUACAAGGUCAAAACAUACAUUUUUUACAAUGUCAAAUGUGUCAACUUUAUACGUCAAAAACACUAUACUACGUUAAAAGCGUAAACUCUAUAUUACAACGUUCAAACCUACACAAUGUUAAAAGCUUAAAGGCCUACUGAAAUUUGAUUUUUUUACUUAAACGGGGAUAGCAGGUCCAUUCUAUGUGUCAUACUUGAUCAUUUCGCGAUAUUGCCACAUUUUUGCUGAAAGGAUUAAGUAGAGAACAUCGACGAUAAAGUUUGCAACUUUUGGUCGCUAAUGAAAAAGCCUUGCCUUUACCGGAAGUAGCAGACGAUGACAUCACCGGUGUGAGGGCUCCUCACAUUGUUUAUAAUGUGAGCCUCCAGCAGCAAGAGCUAUUCGGAACGAGAAAGCGAAAAUUUCCCCAUUAUUUAAGCGGGUAUGAAAGAUUCGUGGAUGAGGAAAUUUAGAGUGAGGGACUAGAAAGAAAGAAAAAAGGCGAUUGCAUUGGGAGCAAUUCAGAUGUUUUUAGACACAUUUACUAGAAUAAUUCUGGGAAAUCUCUUAUCUUUCUAUUGUGUUGCUAGUGUUUUAGUGAGUUAAAUAGUACCUGAUAGUCAGAGGGGUGUGUCCACGGGUGUGUUGACGCCAGUCUCUGAGAGAAGUCACGAAGCUGCAGCAGGACAGAAGCUCCGCUGAUCUCCGGUAAAAGGCAACUUUUUAUAACAAUUUUCUCACCGAAACCUGCCGGUUGACAAGUGGUCAGGCUCCAUGUUCGCUCUACUGCUCUGAUCCAUAGUAAAGCUUCACCUCCGGGAAUUUUAAACAAGGAAACACUGUGUGUUUGUGUGGCUAAAGGCUAAAGCUUCCCACCUCCAUCUUUCUACUUUGACUCCUCCAUUAUUAAUUGAACAAUUUGCAAACGAUUCAGCAACACAGUUUCCAGAAUACUGUGUAAUUAUGCGAUGAAAAGAGAUGACUUUUAGCCCCAAGUGGUGCUGGGCUGAUAUGUCCCCUCCAACCAAUAAUGUCACAAACCCGCGUCAUCAUUCCGCGACGUUUUCAACAGGAAAUUCCGCGGGAAAUUUAAAAUUGCAAUUUAGUAAACUAAAAAGGCCGUAUUGGCAUGUGUUGCAAUGUUAAUAUUUCAUCAUUGAUAUAUAAACUAUCAGACUGGUCGGUAGUAGUGGGUUUCAGUAGGCCUUUAAGCUUUUAUACACUGUAUACAUUUUAAUAAACUUUAACUUUUCUUUUUCUAUUUUUAUAGCGCUCAUCCUGGUUAGGUUCAGGGUUAAGCUGGAGUCUAUCCCAGCAUGGGGAGACAAUGCAAACUGAUUGUGCGGCUAUUGUAGGCUUUUUUUUUUUACAUCAUUUGUAAAAAUAAUUUCGAUGUAAGAUUACAACCUUAAAUUAUUGCACAACUUUUUUCGUAACGUAACAUCUGUUUUCUGACUUCAUCCUCUUGAGACGACCAAAUAAUUCUUACAGUUGAAUUUCUGUUUUCUUUUGAAAGUGUGGCCCUAAAAUCUCCUUGGUAACGGCAAACCGUCGAAAAGCUAGGCUGAGAGGGUUGAAAUGUGUUGCAUUGAGUUACAAAUCCUUGCAAAAACUUUGAAAUGCAAGUGUGUGUGUGUGUGUGUGUGUGUGUGUGUGUGUGUGUGUGUGUGUGUGUGUGUGUGUCACCUUCUAAUGUUGCACUUAGUGUGUCGUAGCCCUCACUCAGCUAAUCGUAGACAAAAGUACGGAGGGGAGACGGUGACAACUCAUGUGUAAAUGUUUACUCAAGGACUUAAUGGACUUUUUCUUUUCAUUGUAUAAAAGUUUAUCUACCUUAUAGUGGCUUUUAUUGUGGAAUAAUCCCCAUGCAGGAUUAUCAAUGAGUAUUGCACCAUUGUGUUCCCAUGUAAAACGGUUAAAAAAAACAACUAUUAAGGUGUGGCCAUAGGAAUUAGUGUUAGCUUCAAGAGCAAUGGGAAACAGGAGGGGAUGUCAUUUCAGAGGUGCCUAUAAUUUUGUUUGAUUCUUCUUCUGCAAAAGCCACUUGUUGUCAUUUACAAGCAUUUCAUUUGUGUAACCGUGGAGCGAGUAGGAAUCUAUGACAGGAAUGUUGUGUGUUUCAUAAAAGCGUCAAACACGGACAUGAAAACCUUGCAAAAUGAAGAUUUAUGCUACUUUGCGAACUCUGGGAUUGAUCAGUGUUGUGUUGUCCUAUUUCAAGUUGUUGACACAUGAUCUCUUUUUUUGUGUUUGUGUUGUUUGCCAUUAUUAUGGGUCACUAUCUUGCACACUUGUAAAAGAUUCAUGGAUUUUUGUCUCAGGAAGGUCAGGGUUCUAACAUCCCAACUCCUCCAUCGUUUCUUCACAACUAAGCAACAGGCACCGGUGAAGCGAUUGCUUUCUUUGUUUUGAGUUGAAAAGACAAGAAGAAAUGUUUGUAGCAAGUUCCACAUAUUUACCAAAUAAGACUGAGAAUCAACUGAAUUUAAAGAGAAAAAGAAAGUGCUUUACAUGUGAAAUCCCAAGUAGACGUUGCUUUACAUUUGAAACAGAUCAAUGAAAAUGUUCUUGCUUCUAUGUGUAUUCCUGUGCAGGAUGUUACUUGUCAAUCAUCUCUCCGUGCAAACAGCUGGUUUUAAAAGGAUCAUGAUCUAUGCACAAAGUGGGAGGGGCAAGUCCUUGGGGUUCAGGGUUUGAUGUCUGCUUUUUGUCUCUUGUCAUGUUUUAGCGAGCCCUUACAUCGCCAUGCUGUGUAACCCUUUUAACCAAUGAGCGCUUGUCCUUCUGCUAAAGCACUGUGGGUCCUACUGAGAAGAAGCCCAGGAUUUUAAUAAAAGGCUCUUUAAAGGGUUUUUUAGGAUGGGGGAGUGGGGGGGAUGGGGGUACUUUUGCCUUUACUUUAAAAAGAAAAGAAAAAAAACGUGCAAAAAAAUGUCUGUAACUGAAAUACAAAGUUGUGGCUUUUAAUGUUGUUCCUUUUCCUCAUAGAAUGUGAUUGUUAAGGACAUGCACCGGACAAAAACAAGUUUCCAUGUGAAUUUAUGGAGCUUAUUUCCGAUUCUAUUAAUAAAGUUCAGAUUUUCUUGGCUGUUA